CAUUAGCGCUGACAUCAGCCUUAAAAGUCCCAGCUUUGGGCGUGGAGGCGCAACGCAAGACGCGGCUUGAUCGACCCGGUGUCUCGCUCACAACAGCGCCUGCGACGCCCCGGUGGGAAGGUCUGUGUGUCUUUGCUCUAUCUAGCCUUCCGAGGUACACAAAACCCCCACACAGCCGCCAUGGCAAACAGAGGCCCCGCUUAUGGACUCAGCAGGGAGGUUCAGAACAAGAUUGACAAGCAGUAUGACGACGAACUGGAGCAGAUUUUAAUCCAGUGGAUCGUUGCCCAGUGUGGGCCGGAAGUCGGGCAGCCCCAGCCAGGCAAGAAGAACUUCCAAGAGUGGCUGAAAGAUGGAACGGUGUUAUGCCACCUCAUCAACAGCCUUUGCCCCAAGGGACAGAAGCUGGUGGCAAAGAUCCAGAGUUCUAGUAUGGCUUUCAAGCAGAUGGAGCAGAUUUCUCAGUUCCUGCGUGCAGCCGAGCAGUAUGGCAUCCAGGCCACAGACAUAUUCCAGACGGUGGACCUCUGGGAAGCUAAACACAUGGCCAGCGUGCAGAGAACCUUGAUGAACCUGGGAGGCUUGGCGGUCUCUAAAGGAGACGGCCUCUUCGUUGGGGACCCCAACUGGUUUCCUAAGAAGUCCCAGGAGAACCGCCGUGCCUUCCCAGAGGACAAGCUCAAGGAAGGGCAAAGCGUCAUCGGCCUGCAGAUGGGCACCAACCGGGGAGCCUCACAAGCGGGGAUGACGGGCUACGGCAUGCCACGCCAGAUCCUUUGAGCCGGGAUGCCCCACCAAGCAAUGGCUCCUUGCUUUCCGACACCUCAUAUCCCCAAGAAUCUCUCUCUCUCUGUCUCUCUCCAAAUUGUGCUACCACGAGAAGCCUUAAAGGCAGACCAGGAGGAGUGGGCCUUCUGGUGCCCACUUUCCCCCUGUGCCAGCCCUGGUCGGUAACCUCCUCUCUUUUUUUACUGCCCCCCCUUUUUUACCCAUAUUUUUCCUCUUAAGCACACACGACUGGAGUGAGUACACUUUAUUUCCUUCUCCCUGCCUACUCUUGAUCUCAUUUCUCAAGAGCGCUUUAACCCCCCUCCCCUGGGGGGUGGUCCUCCAUACAACACCUCCCCCCCCCCAAAUAUAAUGCUGGGGCCAACCAACGACUCAUCUGAAGAAUACAGGGACCCCCCCAAAAAAAGGUGUGUGUCUCCUUUUUCUCCCCACCACCCUUCAUAAUGCCAAUGUGGUUUUACUAGUGACCAAAUGCCCCUUCUACUGCAACAUUUUAUUAUUAUUAUUAUUAUUAUUAAAUUCACUAUUCACAUUCCAGAAUCUGGCCCCUUAAACCCUGCUUUCCUUUUACACUUAUCUGGACCAAAACAAAAGUAAAUAAAUGCCCGUUUCUUUUUUGGACACUGUUUUUGGCAGUCUUAGCAACUUGCCAGCAGAGCAGUCCUGGAUAAUAUCUAGAAUCUCAGCACUCUGCACUGCAAUGUCUCUUAUUUUUUUUGCGCGCGUGUGAGGGGAGCAGGGCAGCUAACCUCUUCCUGUGGUGUCUACCUGGCAAAUAACACUCACACCCACAGGGUAGGAGGAUCUCUUUGGCUGGCACAACCUCCAGAGAUCACAAGGUGAUCCUUCCUGGUGCUGGGUUCAGAUUCUCUACAACUACAUUCCUGGGUAGCUGUUUCAUUUGGGGUGCUUUUAAGGGGGCAAAGGGGGGAUUUUUAACUUUUCAGCCAGUCUCUCCCCACCCUGGAAAUCCUCUGAUUUUUGUCUUGCAGUGGAAAACCUCAUUCUCUGCUGCUAAUUCUUUCUUCUUCUUUUUUUACUUCGGGUUGGGGGGGGCCUGGUCACAGCUGUCUUGCCAUUCCAAAUUUGCCUCUUCUCCAGGGCAAGAAGGCACAGGGCUGAGUCUGAACUCUUAAAACUGUGUGGCAUUCUUAACUGUGGAAUGUACUCUGCCUCAAGAUCACUGAUAAGGAAUAAACAUUGCUCAGUCCUUUGUUUAUAA